AUGCAGAACAAAGUCCUCGUCUUUGGGACUGUAGCAGAAGUACCCAUCAUAGAGCCGCUCUUUGUCUUCAGAUUGCGUAGACUUUGCCCAGAACCUUACACCGUAACGAGACGUAGCUGCGACCAUUGGAAGGUAAUCGGACACCAUGAUACUCUCGAUGACACCACCUUGUGCGUAGUAAUCCGAGCAGGCUGUCUCGUUAACAUUGAGACGACGUCGGUAUGCCGGUCUAGCAUCGUUGUUGUAACACCAAACGUCACUUGCGUCGAUAACUUUGUGGACAUUACCCACGAUGAUAGUUCUUGCAGAAAUUUACACCGACAUGACCACGGAUUCCCUCCGAGGGACAGAUCCACUAGACGGGUGUUGAGAGUCACUUGCCAGACCGGAAAGGUGACAAGACGGUUUCCGUUCAGCCGGAGAAUUUCUAGUGAUCUCAGUGGGAGCAGGGUGAGGUUACCUAUGAAGCCUAUUAAUUGCGUCCAUUGGAAUACGUCGGGGUAUGUCCUGGGUGCCAAGUCCGGAACAGUCGACGACAUUGGUAUUCCAAGUUUGGUCGUGAUAACACUUGCAAUCGGAUGGACAUGUCAUUUCACAAUCACAGGCGUCGAAAUCACAACAGUGACAGAGCGCAAAACAGUGGGCUUCGUAACGACAUAA